ACUUUCGCGCGAGCACCGUCAUUUGACGUCAAAAAUUGACCAAUGUACUGUGACACAACGUCUACACACGUCUUUACAACAAUGCAUUUUAACAGUACAACGUUUGUAAACGUUGACUGGCCUUACUUUACUCCUAUAGCUACGUCAUUGCGUCACAACAUGGCUCAAUUUGAAAUCCCUAGCGCCACGCAAAGUCGAUAUUUUUUUAUUUUCUCUAGGGCUCACUCACACAUAUGCAAGUGUUCCCACGCACACAUACAACGUCAAUGGACGCCGCCCGCUCCUAUCCGCGCGAUACAUUUAGUUCGCCUGCGCACGCGAAAAGGGUAACGCGCGUGCGGUUAUGCAGCGGCUGAGAUUUUAUAUUCGCAACGGCGGUUCUGUGUCAAAAUGGAUAAGAAAAAACACAAGAUAUUUAUGAAGGUGUUUGAAUCAUCUUCGUCACGGGAGUCAUCAGCAGACCCAUAUGAGGACGAUGGAGAGUUUGGGUCUGAUAAGGACUACGAUCCAGUCGAUGAGCAACAUAACAGUAGCGACAGUUCCGUAAGUGUUUUUGCUGAAACUUCACGUAAUAAAAAUAAUACGUCAAAACCACAAAAUGUUUCAAAAGUUCAAGAAGAUUCUGUCACAAGUGAGUCAGAUGAUUCAGACAAUUAUGAAGAGGUCUCCUCAAGUUCUGAGAGUAUUUUCGAAAUUCGUAAACGUAAAAAUUCCUCUCGUAAAUCAGUACGGUCUCGCUCUCGGGCGAGAAAACAACAUUUACAACUACCGAGACGCAAUUCAAGCGUAGAUACGGAUACUGCUGAUACGAUCUCAAUAGAUUCGAUCCAUAAUUACAUAUUGGAUACACUUGAGACAUCGUCACUUCCCGAUCCCGUGGCAAUGGAGAAUAUUCAUGCCUCACCGCAACCCGAUCUUGAAAUAGAGGGUAACGCCGUCCAGCUGGUCCAGCACGCUACGCUGUCUCCUAAUCGUCUGGAAAUGGAGGACAACUUACGAUCGCACGCUUCGCCGCCUCCUGUAGCGAUAGACGGUAAUGUAUCCCCACCAGCGAUACCACCUCCUGACCCCGUGGAGCUGGAGAGAGACCCAUCCCCGCACGAAUUACAACCUCCUGAUUUAGUUGAGAUGGAGGGCAACCCGUCACAACAUGCUCCACCCUCUCCCGAUCGCCCGAACGCCGCACCACCUCAAGUUCUCGAGCAAAUAGAGGGCAAUCCGCCGCCGAACGGCUCACCACCUCCCGAUCCCGAGGAAAUAGAGCGGCGUCUAUCGUCGACCCUCUCAUCGCCUCCCGGUCCCGAGGAGAUAGAGUUCAACCCGUCCUCUAUCGCAUCGCUUCCUCUUAUUCUUGAAGGAAUAAACGGUAAUAUGUCUUCUCAUGGCCCACCAACUCCUGAGCGCGUGCAGAUAGAAGAAAACCCAACUCCGCUACCUAAUGUCACGGGCAACGAAGGCAACUUACCAGGCACAUCAACGCUUCCUGAUUCCAGGGGAGUAAGGAGUGACCCAUCGCCUGAUGCACCUUCUACUUCUCCGUUAUCAACUCAUGUCCCUCGCAACCGUACUCGAAGUAACCCUUCAACAAGUAGACGAGGUCCAAGGUGCAGAACUCCUCCUAGAGACGAUGUUUGGGAAAGUACAACUGCAGAAAUACCUACUUUUGAUUUCGACACUAUUUCUGCAGGAGUUCAAUUUGAUUUAGGACCAAAUGCUACAGUUAAAGACGUUUUUGAUAAAUUAUUUCCUACGCACAUUGUUGACUUCAUAGUAGCAAGAACAAACGAAUAUGGAAGAGCUCUCUGCGCUACAAACAGGCCUACAACUAGAAACUCGCGUCGUUAUAGAUAUAAAGACACCGACCGCAAAGAAAUACAGGAAUUUUUGGGGUUAUGUCUUCUUAUGGGACAUAUUAAUGUCCCUAAAAAACGAAAACUUUUCACCUACAGCGAUCCCCUAUACUAUCAUCCGAUUUUUGGGUAUAUCAUGUCUGGGCGCAGAUUCGAACAAAUAUUGCGAUGCCUGUGUGUAUCCGAGUUAAACGCACCAGGAAAAGAAAAAAUUGUAAGGUUCAUAGAUGCCAUUACUAAGAAUUUCCGUGAUUGUUACAAGCCUACUAAAGAACUCUCUUUGGAUGAAUCGUUACUUUUGUUUCGCGGGCGUUUAUCAUUUCGGCAGUAUAUCAAGUCUAAGAAGGCGCGUUAUGGGAUAAAGUUCUACGAGUUGACUACUUCUGAUGGUUUCGUCCUCAAUAUUUCAAUGUAUGCAGGAAAUGAUGAAGAAGUAGAAAAAGGGAAAAAGACUGAAAAAAUUGUCAUGCGACUGAUGGACCCGUAUUUAUUGAAAGGGCAUCAUUUGUAUAUGGAUAAUUACUAUAAUUCUGUGACGUUAUCGCAAAAGCUUUUAGAUUUAGAAACCCAUACAACUGGAACUCUACGCAGCAACCGGAAAGACAACCCGAAAGAGAUUACCCAAAAGAAACUAAAGAAAAACCAACAUGUUUGGACACGUAAAAACAAUGUGUAUGUCUCUAAAUGGGUUGAUAAGAGGCCAGUACUAAUGAUAACUACUUGUAAUCAUCCCAAACUAAUAGAGGUGUCAAAUAGAUUUGGUGUGAGUCGCAUGAAGCCAGAGGAAGUGUCACAAUACAAUCAGUUUAUGUCGGGUAUUGACCGCGCAGAUCAAAUGGUAGCUUACUAUUCUUCACCAAGAAAGACCUUGAGAUGGUACAGAAAGGUAUUCUUUCACGUAUUGGAUCUUGCAGUAUGGAACAGCUUCUUCAUAUACAGAAAAUAUUGCAAAAACAACAGCAAGAAAUACGAAUUCGUGACGUACAGAGAAGAUUUGAUAAGGCAACUAAUAAACCUAACUCCAAACCUUAAACCUGAGAUGCUAAUGAAACGGAACAAGUACGAUAAUCGGUUAAAAGAAAGAACAGAAUUUGUCGCAUCUGUGAGUACUGAAAAUACAGGGAACCUUAGUCACUGGCCUGAGAAAAUUCCAGUCAGAGCUAACUCUAAGAAGACAUCCAACUACAUGAAAUGCAGAAUGUGUACUAAGAAGAAAAUAAGAAGGGAGACUUGCCUAAGGUGUAAGGGAUGUGAGGAAAAGCCAGCCCUGUGCGCUAUAUGCUUUGAAGAAUGGCACCACCAAUCCUAAUUUUACAAGCAGGUUAUAAUCAAAAUAACAUUACUGUUUCUCCUGAGACUGAUUUAUGUAACGAUUACUCAAUGAUGAUUAAUAUUUCAAGUUUUCAGGGUAUGGUUUAGAUUGAUUAAUGCUAUAAGUGCAAUUAUUUACUAAAUGACAAUAAAUUCUUUGUUGGAGGACAUACUUUAGUUUUUUGGAUAGUUAGUUAUUUUUACGGCAGAUAUAUUUCAAAAUAUAUGUCAUUGUUUUUAAAACUGAUUAGUUGCUUACAGAGUUAUCAAAACUUUAAGCACAAUUUCGAGUAAAUAAAUCAACAGGCUAUAAUUUAGACUGAUUUACGUAUAGGAAACACACUAAAAGGGUGAAAAUAAAUAUGCCAUUGUUUUAAAGACUGAUUAGUUGCUUGUAGAAUUAUAAUAAGUAAGUAUAAUUUUGAGUAAAUAAAACAACAAGAUACCUAUAAUUUAAAUUGUUUAGGAAACACACCAUAGGUGGGCAAUCAUUUUGUUGUAAUUGGAAGUACUUUAUUUGUUAUUUUUUGAUGUUUGCAAUGUGGCAAACAGUGUGCCAAAUAAUUUUAUCGGUCUUUGAUUUACUAUAAUAAAUAUUAAAGAUAACACAAGAGUAUAAAGAUGAUUAUUUCCCUUUUUUCCUACGAAUAUUUAUGUUUUUGCAGAGGGCUACAGUCGUCAAAUGUCUUCGUUAUAAAUGCCGUAUAAUAACGUUGUUGUUGAUUGUCCUUUUGAAUCAUGAAUAUGAUGGGCCGGAACGUACAUAAACGUCCAAGUCAUAAGACGUUGUAACCCUGUGCAAACAAAUACGUUAGUAACAUGUGACGGUACGUUUUUAAACGUUAACGACGUUACACGUUGGUCACACAAAUAUAAAUAUAUACAUGCUCUUAUACGACGCAACGUUUAUAAACGUUAACGUCAUACAACGUUGAGUACUUAUAUAUGAACAUACAUCGAUGGCAUAAGGCGGAACGUUUAUAGACGUUGACGUUAUUAAACGUUGGUCACUCAAGCAUAAAUUAUGUUUUCAUCAAAUGUGACAGAACGUUAAUAGACGUUGACGUGAUCAGACGUUGUUUCCUUAUUUAUAAGCAGAAAUCGGUGACAUAUGGCUGAACGUUUAUAGCCGUAGACGUCAUCGAACGUUUGUGUCACGUUUCAAAAGAUCGUUUCACAAGUUAAAAGCAGUACGUAUAUUAACGUCGGUUUAUUUUGUAUGGGAAAAUACUGUGCACUCCAAGUACUAUUGGUGAAGUGGGCUGCUCGCGCGAAAG